AUGGUCACCCCAAUCAUCUGGAAAGAACUAAUAAAAUUGCAAAGAAUCAACGUAGACCAUCAGAAAAUCCACGUAGAGGAGUUCUCCACACACAUGCAGUGCUUCAGAUGCUUACAGUUCGGCCACAGCAAAAACCACUGCACGGCGGAAACCCAGCCGUGCUCCCACUGCUCCGAACAAAAUCAUUCCUUUGCAAACUGUCCUAAUAAAAAAGACCAAACAAAAAUCAACUGCUUCAACUGUGCCAACCACAACGAAAGAUACAAAUUAAAUCACGAUACCAAACACUCCGCCACCUCCAACUCUUGCCCAAUAGUUAAAUCUAUGAUCCACCGAGCUGCUCAGAAAACCGAUUAUGGAUAC